GCUUGGAUAGGGCCCUUCUGCGCACGCUCGCCGCUCGCUGCCGUCGGCUAGGCUGUGGAGGACCGGAGUUCCCAGGGCGUCUGCAUCCUCAGCUCUGCAUCCCUUCUGGGCAUCUCUCGCCCCGGCCAUGACGGCGCACUCCUUCGCCCUUCCAGUCAUCAUCUUCACCACGUUCUGGGGCGUCAUCGGCAUCGCCGGGCCCUGGUUCGUGCCGAAGGGGCCUAACCGCGGAGUGAUCAUCACCAUGCUGGUGGCCACUGCCGUCUGCUGUUACCUCUUCUGGCUCAUCGCCAUCCUGGCUCAGCUGAACCCCCUCUUUGGGCCCCAGCUGAAGAACGAGACCAUCUGGUACGUGCGCUUCCUGUGGGAGUGACCAGCUACCUGCUUCCCAUGCCAGAUGCCUCAGCUCCCUGGAUGACCCCGGUUCGACAUCCCCGAUGACCUUCCCACCCAUGCCCUCCCGCUACAGCUCUGAGCCCCCACUAUGGAGCCUGCCUGUGCUGGGAUGUACCAUCUUCCUGCCAGGCUUAGCCCUCAGGGCAAGCCUUGUGCUCAGAGACUGGUUGUCAGAAGGCUGUCCUGCCCUUCCAUUCCCAUUGCCCCAAUACCCACAGGUCAGCCCUGCCACAUCUGUGAGCUGCAGAGUUUCUGUCGAUCUGUGUCACAGGCCUCUCUCAGCUCAGGCAUAGGAUUUUUAUCAUUUCUUCCAUUCUGGCUGUCCAAUUCUUAUAAACAUUGGAGUAUUAGAGAAAUAGCCACACACAAAAAGCAAGAGUAAUCACACAUCAGGAGUGAUGUGUAGGUGUCGGGGAUCCUUGGUAGAUAUAAAGUCACUUAAAUUGGCUUGCUUGUGGGUCAUAUCUCAGAAUAUUGUUUCCCUUCUUCCACCUCCCCACCAGGAACCUGUGUGGGGAAGCCCACCCCCUUCCCUGAAGUUGUCAGUCUGAACACAGCACCUCCUGCCCUGGGGUGCCUGGAACCUGCCUCACCGUACCAUGACCACAACAGAUUCCAGACUCUCUCAGCAGCAUCCAAGUGGCUGGAGCUGGGCCUACAGGAAGAUGGGGGGGACAGUGCUGUUUCAGUGGCCCUGUGGGUGCUGCCCCCACCUCACUACCCAAAUCCCGAGUGCACUUAGGAACACCAGACAUACUGAGGCCCCGGCACCCUGAGCAGAGAGUGAGCGGGGAUGCCCAGACACUGGGAUAGUGCUCGCCCAGCUGGCCAGGUUCCCUGCACGUGGCACAUUCAGCCUGCCAUUCGGGAAAGAAAAGCCAGCCCCUCUUAUUUAUUGUCUAUUUAUUGUCUAUUUAUUUGGCAUUCCUUCCCAAGGAGCCAGCACUGUUUCUAAAGCAGCAGAAGAAGGUGAUGCGUAUCAUCUAGAUUUAUUGGUUCUGGGCUUGCAGGCUGCUCUGAGCUCAGGCCGGUCAUCCGCUGGACAUCUCCCUCCAGGCUCCCUUCCUCUCCUGGCCUCUGUAGCCUUUCUAUAGAGUAGAGGCAUUG